UUGAAGUCGGCGCUCGCUGUCAUUUCGUGAGGUUUUGACGUUUGUUAUGGCCUCCGGAUGGUUCGUAAAACCCAAAGCAAAUCGCCAGGCAAAAAGUCAAGGAAAAGUGACCCCGACAUUUCUCGGGAAGAUGUGAUGUUCACACCCUAUUCAGAGACAUCCGUACAUAAACGCAACCUAUGUAUUGUUUCCUUCCCCAUCAUUUUUCUGUUCAAUAUUUUGCGCUCUUUGUUGUACCAAAUUUUCGUUAUUCUCCGUUUCGUGUACUGUAGUUCGUCAAAUUACCUAAUUAAGAAACGUCAGUUUGAAUGCGAGAGCGGUCAAAGCACCUGUGUCGUUGAAGAAAUAACCGAAAUGUCGCAUCAAGUGCACCGAUCGUCAGGGCCGGGCCCGGGGGACCCGCUCUUGGCCAAACAAAAACACCACCACCGUCGCGCCUUCGAGUACAUCUCCAAGGCGCUGAAGAUCGAUGAGGAGAACGAAGGUCAGAAGGACUUGGCCAUCGAGCUGUAUCGGAAGGGCAUCACGGAACUCGAGCUGGGCAUCGCGGUGCAGUGCUGGGGCGGCCGCGGCGAAGUGUGGGAGCGCGCGCAGAGACUCCACGAAAAAAUGAAGACCAAUCUGGCGAUGGCGAAGGACCGGCUCCAGUUUUUGGAAAGCAUGGAUAUGUUACAUCAACAGGAUGUUCAAAAAGAACCGAAAGAGGCUCCUAAACUUAGCUACACUAGCAAUAUACCCACUCCCAAACUUAGUUUUAAUAAAGCUUCUGGCAAGAAAUUAACAGUAGCGAGCAAACGCCCCCCUAAUGCCACCUUAGCCAAGAGCCAAACCUUGCCACGGUCGAUGGGGUCACGCACAGCCCCCAUUCAGCCCGUGCGCCCCUUCAACAAGCUCUCGUCUACGCCUCCGGCCGUCAAAAAACAGCUCUCUGUACCUGGGAACACGGGAUCUCCUGCUAGAAAAGCCGCCAGUUCAAUAGCCACUCCGAGUAGAUCUACCUCAAGGGGCAAAUCCCCCGUGCUGAGGGGCGUCGACGCUAAGCUGGCGCAGUGCAUACUUGACGAGAUCGUGGAAGGGGGGCUGCAGGUCCAGUGGGACGACAUCGUGGGGCAAGAUACAGCCAAGCAGGCGCUGCAAGAGAUGGUGAUUUUGCCAUCGCUGCGACCGGAGUUGUUUACGGGGUUGAGGACCCCUGCGAGGGGCUUACUGCUGUUCGGGCCGCCCGGAAACGGAAAAACUUUGUUGGCGAGGGCGGUCGCCACGGAAUGUCGGGCAACGUUUUUCUCGAUUAGUGCCGCCAGCCUCACGUCGAAGUAUGUCGGAGAUGGGGAGAAGAUGGUAAGGGCGCUUUUCGCGAUCGCUAGAGAGUUGCAGCCGUCUAUUAUUUUCAUUGACGAAGUCGACUCUCUGCUAUCCGAGCGGUCGAACAACGAGCACGAGGCGAGCCGGAGGCUGAAAACGGAGUUUCUGGUGGAGUUUGACGGAUUGCCUAGCAAUCCUGACAGUGAACGAGUUUUGGUGAUGGCGGCGACCAACCGUCCACAGGAGCUCGACGAAGCCGCCCUGCGCCGCUUUCCUAAGCGCGUCUACGUCACCCUGCCCGACCUCGACACCCGCGCUCAACUUUUCAAAAUGCUGCUGGCUAAGCAGGGUUGCACGCUCACGCAGCAAGAACUCAAACGGUUGGCGACGCUUACGCAGGGCUACUCAGCUAGUGAUCUCACCGCUUUAGCCAAAGACGCCGCCUUGGGACCAAUCAGGGAGCUGCAGCCGGAACAAGUCAAGGAGAUGGAUCCCAACGCGCUGCGCAGCAUCACCAUUAACGACUUCCUGGAUUCGCUCAAGAGGAUCCGGAGGAGCGUGUCGCCGCAGAGUUUGGUGGCGUACGAGAAGUGGUCGCUGCAGUACGGAGACAUGUCUAUUUAAUCAUUCCGCUUUGUUUUCAAGACGUAUUUUUCUUUUUAAUCUGUGAUAUAAUUAUGUUUGUGGAGAGUUCUGCCGCUUGUUGAUUUUGAUAUUUUUUUAUAACAGUACAAAAUUUUUUGUUUUUUAUUUUAAUGACGAAUUGUAAAAUUAACAUAUUAAUAUGUGGUAGGAUGUUAGACUAGGACGUUUUGUGUUACUAGCACUGUUUGAUAUUGAUUACCGUUUUUAAAGUGUACACGGGCCCACACAAAAUGUUAAAGACAGGCUGCUUUUUUCAUAAGACGUUUGUAACUUUCAUUGAUAUAAUAAAAAUCGAAAUGAGA